AUUUUUUUUUUUGACGAUUGUUGACUUCCUGAUUUGUCAUAAAAGAGUCAAAAUUGUUAUAGAAAUAUCCCAUUAUUUUCUUCCGAAUAAUCUUCUCUUCCUCUCAAACCCAUCAAUCCCCUUGUUUUCCUUUAUAAUAUUUCUAAAAAGAUUCUGUGAUCAAAACUUUAAAAUCUUUUUUCAAUCAGCCUCUAAUGGCUGUUUGAACUCUUUUUCCCUGAUAUUUCCGUCCACCGUCCUUUAUUGCCGGGCAGGAUGGCCUUUCGGAGCUUCGAUUGUCUUCUACUCCUCAUCGGCCUCCUGUCUCUGUCCUCCCUCCAACCACCAUUAACCGCCCUUGCCGCCACCAAUAUCCGCCUCACCCGCAACCGAAAACUAUCCCAAAAUGUCCCUUUUUUCCGUGAAGCACCAGGGUUUCGUAAUGGCCAAGCAUGUGGAUCCUCCCCCAGCGACCGAAUCCAUUUAGCAAUGACUCUUGAUUGCAACUACCUCCGUGGGACAAUGGCCGCCGUCCAGUCAAUUCUGCAUAACUCCGGCUGUCCGGAAAACGUAGUGUUCCAUUUCCUAUGGCUUCGGUUCGAUCAAGAUAUCAAAACCAGCAUCAAAACCACCUUCCCGUACCUCAACUUCAAACUAUACAGAUUCGAUUCCAAUUUGGUCCAGGGUAAGAUAUCAAAAUCUAUACGCGAGGCGCUUGAUGAACCCCUGAAUUACGCAAGAAUCUACCUUGCAGACAUAAUUCCGACGUAUGUGAAACGGAUCAUCUAUCUGGAUUCGGAUCUUGUUGUCGUGGAUGAUAUCGAGAAGCUGUGGAGAGUUGACUUGCAAGACAAGGUGCUCGCUGCACCUGAAUAUUGUCAAGCCAAUUUCACACAAUACUUCAACGACAAUUUCUGGUCCGACCCGGAAUUAGCAAAAGUGUUCAAAGGGAGAGAUAGAGGUAAGAAUCCUUGUUAUUUCAACACAGGAGUGAUGGUUUUAGACGUUGAGAAAUGGAGGCAAAGAGGGUAUUUACAGAAGCUUGAAGAAUGGAUGGCAGUUCAGAAGCAAAAGAGGAUAUAUCAUUUGGGUUCUUUGCCACCAUUUUUACUUGUUUUUGCUGGAAACAUAAAAGCAGUUGACCAUAGUUGGAACCAACAUGGUUUGGGUGGUGACAACAUUGAAGGAAAAUGCAGGAGCUUGCACCCUGGUGCAAUCAGCCUGCUUCAUUGGAGUGGCAAAGGUAAACCAUGGUUAAGGCUUGACUCGGGGAAACCCUGUGUGGUUGACCAUUUGUGGGCCCCAUAUGAUCUUUAUCGUUUGUCCAAACUUAUCUUGUCUUCGACAAAUGAUGAAACUUAGGUCCUCAAGGUGAUUUCUUGAAUUUUAGGCCAAGAAACAAGAAAACAAGGUGAACGAGAGAGGGUUUUAUGCUUUAGAUUUGCAACAAGUACUAAAAAGGGUAUAUCUGUCAUUAAAAUUUGUGCGUUGCGAAUGGGAGCAUACAUAAGAGGUGAGGCUAACAGCAAAUAUAGAGUAUAUAUGUUGAUGGUUCUUAAUCAUUUUGUUCAUAGACGAUACAAAAACAAAAAUUCAAAGACGUUCCACCACACGAUAGGAAAUUCGUUUUAAUUCUUGUUUUAGAUUAGUUAGAUUUUUAGGAACCCCAUGUCCCUCUGUUGUACACUAAUUUCAUUUAUUUCCCUAUAAAUUCUUUUUGAGGUA